UUCGUUCCGACAGCAACGGUCAACGCUGUCGCAAAACUAUAAUGCUGUGGAAAACAUAAAAAAUUGUGUGGAAAAACACCUACAACUCAACAUUUUGAGCCCACAUUUUGCGUGCUAAACAAAAGAUUUACCCAGUGCAAACAAAAAUAAGAAAAACAACAACAAACCUCAUAAAAAGUUCAAACAUUUGUCGCAAAAGGAAUGAAAAAAGUGUCAAAGCAGUGAAAAACAACAAGAAGGAAAUUCACCAACGGCAGAACGAGAAAGAAAAAAGGCCGCACAAAGAGCCAAAGAGGUUGGCUGUCUCGUUCUGGCCCCCGCUUACAUAAAUGGAGAAUAAUUCUUGAGAUUGCUUUUCGGCAAAGCCAAGCAAAGCCAAGCUAAAGCAAGCAAGCCAGCAGCAAACUCGAAACGGAGGAAAAUUUUGUGGAUUUACAUUUUCCGUCGUCUUCCUGGGCGAGCGAGCGCGCGUGUGUGUAAGUGUGUGUGUGUGUGUUUGUGUGUUGUGUUUGUGUGUGUGCCUGGCGUUUCUUUUGUGGAUUAUUACGCCCUCUCGCACACUCUCUCUCCCCCACUCACUCACACUCACACUCACCCAAGAGGAGGAGAGCGAACAGGCCAGCAAGCUGCCAGAGUCCUCGUUCGCACCUCGCCUCGCCACACAGCUCUUCAUCACCUGCCCAAUCCCCUCCUCAUAAACCCACCCCCCCACGUCCGUUCCAUCUACUGGAUGCUGUCUAUGAGAAAGGAACGAGCAUAUCAAGAGCAGAAAUUGCGAUUAUUUUGGAUUUAUAAAAAGUUUUGAAAAUGAACAGUUUGGCCCGAGGGCCGAGGCCCUGCGUCUCCCUGUGUGGUUGCCUGGAAAGCUCGACUAAACGGCAGCAACAACCCCAUCCCAGUAACGUCCGCGACAGCAACAGCAACAAAAUCAGCAGAAACAACACCGCUGCCUGCACGUUACCAGGCACUAUUGGAAGUACUUUGGGCCGCCCGCGCAGUGCGGCCGCCCGAUCGUUUGCGUCUGCAUGGAGUCAAUGAGACGUAACGAGGCGAACACUAGCCACCACCCGAAUAAGGUGGCCCUGAAUAGCAGCAACGUAGCAACGGAAAGCAAUAUUAAGAGUAACAAAUUGUUAGCUAAUUUAAGUGGAGCGAACGCAGCAACAAUCCAGACAGCAGCAGCAGCAGCAGCAGGAACAGCGACGGCAACAACGGGAAACGCGACGGCAGCGACAACAACGAAUCAAACGUUGAAUUACAAUAACAAAGGCAAGGUGACAGCAGUGGCAGCGAAUAAUCAGAGGAGCAAUCACAAUAACAACAACAACAGCAGCAGCAGCAAAAAGCACACGAAGGUAGCUGGAGCUGGAAAGACAACAGCCUCUUCCCACUCUUCGGCGCUGUCAUCGUCGAGCAGCUCCAACUCGAGCGAGUCGAAGGACACGAACUUCGAGUACGAGGACGAGUGGAACAUCGGGGGGAUCCCAGAGCUGUUGGACGAUCUAGACGCGGACAUCGAAAAGUCUGCGGCGCAUUCGGGUGGUGGCAACCAGGCUACCUCGAUAAAUGCCAAGCAGGCAACCAGCUCAUCCUCCACAUCCACAUCCACUUCUGCAUCGGCGCCAGCCAAAGCGAGUGGGGGGUCAUCAUCAUCAUCAGGAGCGUCAGCGUCAGCAUCAGCAUCAGGAUCAGGAUCGUCAGCGGCUGCAGUGCAUCACAAGUCACACAAGACCACAUUGCAUAGCAAUUUGUCGGCCACAUCGCCAACCACAAUUAAGUUCACACGCCAGCCCCUCCCCAGUGGCACCGGGAGCAGUAGUAGUGCAUCAUCUGCGUCAUCGACUUCGUCGAACGGGAACGGAAACGGGAACGGGAACGGAAGCAACACAAACGUGGUGGCUAGCAAGGGCUCCUCUUCGGGCAAGCAUCAUCACCACCACCAUCAUCACUCGACAUCUUCCUCCUCUACCUCGUCGAGCCACAGCGGCGGCUCCAAGGGCUACAAAUCCGCUUUGGUGGCGCAACUGAACAGUCCGAGUACACUCGGAAAUAGUCACAGCAGCGGGAGUCACUCCAAAGCACCUAGCGCAAGCGGCACAGCUGCUGGAGCAAGCGCAGGAGCCGGAAUCGGAGCCGGCAGCACAUUGUCAUCCUCGACAUUUGCCGGCUUCUCGAAGGGAGGUAGCCUAGUCUCCUCUUCUACAGCGUCAACCACAGCUUCAGCUACAGCUACAGUUACAGCCACAGGCACAGCCUCAUCCGCAACUGGCACUGGUCAGCAGGCCUCCAAAGUUUCCGCUGGCGGCAUGUCCUCGCAAACGGGCAGCGGCAGCGGCAGCAACACAAGCAACAACAGCGGAAGCAGCAGCAUCAGUGGGAGCGGAGGAGGAGGCGGCAACGCCAACAGUACCGGAAACAGCGUCACCAACAGUGGAGGCAGCCUCACCGGCCCAGUUGGUGGCCAGAGUUCGCAAGGCGGCAGCAGCUCCAGCGGUAAAUCGACAAAAAUGUCCAUUGAUCAUCAAGCCACGCUCGACAAAGGACUCAAAAUGAAGAUCAAGCGCACCAAGCCGGGCACCAAGAGCUCGGAGGCCAAGCACGAGAUAGUCAAGGCCACCGACCAGCAGAACGGAGCCCUGGGCGCCAACUCGGCGGCCAACUCAAACGACGAUGGGAGCACGGGCGCCAACAACGCGUCUUCCCUCUCAUCCAGCAACUCUUCGAGCAGCGCCAGCAGCGGCAACUCCUCCAGUAGCGGGAGCAGCAGCGGGGGUAACUCCUCCAGUAGCAGCAAGAAACACAUGAACAACUCCAGUGCUGGCAGCGGAUCCUCAUCCAGUGGCGCCCAGAACAGUGCGGGCCACAGCAGCUCGGCCAGCACCUCUUCGAGCAGCAGCCAGUCCACGCCUCAGGGCACCAAGAGGGGCAGCUCGGGACACAGACGCGAGAAGACCAAGGAUAAGAACGCACAUUCCAAUCGCAUGUCCGUGGACAAGUCGGCCGCUGCCGCAUCGGCGGCUGGGGAGAAGGACACGCCAGAGAAGAACUCUGGAUCUGGAACGGGAUCGGCGUCGGGGUCGGGCGCACCAUCCUGCUCCUGCAGCGGUGACGUGGGCACGCCCUGCUCUCAUCACGCCUGCAUCCGGCGUGCCGCGCACAUGUCCAACUCAAACUCCAAUUCCAAUUCCAGCGGAGGGAGCAGUUCAGCCAACGUUCCUGUUGCUGCCGCUGCCUCCUCCAUGUCUGCUGUGCCGCCAGGCGUGUUCACACCCUCGGCCGGCUCGCCUUCGGCGGGAUCCCCAUCGGCCGUCGUCCCAGCAGCUGCCUCUUUGCUGGCAGCCACAACGGCCGUCUCCUCCUCCGCCUCGCAGCUGUCCAGCAGCGGUGUGGGCGGGAGCGGUGGCGUUGUAGGCGGUUCUGGAGGACCGAAUGCACCGGGGCCCCCAGGCAAGGAAACCUCCGGCAGCAGUAUCAAGAUAUCCUCGCACAUCGCCGCACAGCUGGCAGCCGCAGCAGCAUCUAACAGUUACACCGGUCAGGGUCCUGCUCCGGGUCAGGGCGGGAGCGGAAGCGGCUCCAACUCCAACAGCAGUCAAAGCAGCUCGAGCAGCAGUGCAGACAGCAAGGCAUCGGCUGCGGCCCAGGCCAAAAUGAUGGCUCCGGGGAUGAUCUCAGCGACAGUGCACCACACGAUUUCCGUGCCGGCUGGCAGUGUUGGCGACGAGGACACCAAAUCCCCGCCAGCCAAGCGGGCCAAGCACGAGGCAAACAGCUCCAGCAACAGCGGCAAGGAGAUGGUCGACAUCUGCAUCGGUACUUCGGUGGGGACCAUCACCGAGCCGGACUGCCUGGGGCCCUGCGAGCCGGGCACCUCGGUCACCCUCGAGGGCAUCGUGUGGCACGAGACCGAGGGCGGCGUCCUCGUUGUGAACGUGACGUGGCGUGGCAAGACCUAUGUGGGCACCCUGCUAGACUGCACCCGACACGACUGGGCUCCUCCAAGAUUCUGUGAUUCACCAACUGAAGAAUUAGAUUCUCGAACUCCAAAGGGCCGCGGCAAGCGCGGACGCAGCGCCGGCCUUACGCCCGACCUGAGUAACUUCACCGAAACCAGAAGUUCGAUUUACUUCUCCCAUGCCCAAGUGCACUCGAAGCUGCGCAACGGCACCACCAAGGGACGAGGGGCCACGCGCAGUGCCUCGGGGAAUGCGGCCACGAACAGCAACAGUGGAUCGUCUGGAAAUGGGGGCGGGGCCACGCCCAGCACAUCACCCACAGCAUUUCUGCCGCCGCGUCCGGAGAAGCGCAAGUCGAAGGACGAGGCACCGUCCCCGCUCAACGGCGACACGGACGGGGGCUCGGACCGGAGCAUGGCGAACGCCAGCGGCAUUCCAAUAUCGGCAAGCGGCGGUGGCCUGGCCACACAGCCGCAGAGCCUGCUUAACCCAGUCACCGGACUCAACGUGCAAAUCAACACAAAGAAAUGUAAGACUGCCUCGCCCUGCGCGAUCUCCCCGGUGCUGCUCGAGUGUCCCGAGCAGGACUGUAGCAAGAAGUACAAGCACGCCAAUGGGCUGCGCUACCACCAGUCGCACGCCCAUGGGGCUGGCGGAGGCGCCAGCUCGAUGGACGAGGACUCGAUGCAGGCACCGGAUGAGCCGGGCACGCCGCCCUCUCCAGCCGGAGCUACAGCUGCAGCAGCGACAACAGUAGCAGGAGGAACAGUGGCACCCUCCACUUCCACCUCCAACGUUUCUGUUGUCAACGGAAGUGCUCCUUCAGCGACAGGCGCAACAGCAACCGCAACCGCAACCGGAGCAGCAGCAGCAGCUUCAGUCGCCCCGAUAGCUACCACAUCCUCUGGAAACGCAGAGACACCAGCUAUACCCGCUCCACCAGCAGUCACUCCUCCAACUCCGACACCCAUCUGCUCAGCAGCAACAGCAACGGCAAUUGGUGGAGCAACAACAGAGGCUACACCCAUCUCUGUUGUGCCUAUAGCACCCAAUCUUCCGCUGGCAGUCCCUGCAACUGCAUCGACGGCGUCGUCGUCAGUGCCUCCACCAUCACAGCCUCCGCCGCCGCAGCAGCAACAACAGCAGCAGCAGCAGCUGCUUACUCCAGGCAGUAGCUCGGGAAUCAACCAGCCUGUGGCCGGGGGCAGCAUCACGGCUGGCAUCUCUGGCCAGGCUCUCUCCCAGCACCAGCAACAGCUGAUGGGUGGUCUCCCGGCCAUGCUGACGGAGCAGCAGCAGCAGGCGUUGCUUCAGCAGGGAGCCUUGAAAGCGGGAGUCCUGCGCUUUGGCCCGCCCGAUGCCACUUCCCUGCAACAGCAGCAGCAGCAGCAGCAACCAGGCCAGGUUCAGGUCAAUCCACAGACGCAGCAGCAGUCGCCGCCGAGACCACCCAACCACGCUCAGGAUGCGCAGCAGACACCAGCUGUCUACGCACAGCAGGCGGGGCUAAAGACCUCUCCAGGAUUCGGGUCUGUGGGCGUGAGUUCUAACAGCAAGCAGAAGAAGAACAGGAAGUCGCCCGGGCCAGGCGACUUCGAUGGUCGGGUGUCCCGCGAGGAUGUGCAGAGUCCGGCCUACAGUGAUAUUUCGGACGACUCCACGCCAGUGGCCGAGCAGGAGCUGCUGGAAAAGUCGGCAGUUGGACAGCCGGGCAAGCACAUCGAGCUGCUCGGCAAGAAGCCCCCCGAGGUGGGCGUGGUGCCGGCAGCUCCCACACCCAGCAUGCCUUCCCUGGGCGGCUAUGGGAUGUACCAGUUCUACCCAGCCCAGCAGCAGGCGCCGCCGCCUCCACAACAACAGCAGCAGCAGUACAUGGUGCAGACGGGGCCCGAUGGCAUGCAGCCCGGGAAGGCAACCGGAAUGCCACCGACGCUGGCACAGGCUCAAGCACAGGUUCAGCAGCAGCAACUGCAGACGGGUCCGCCUCCACCUACCUCACAGCCGCAGUCUCAUCUGCUUGUGCCACCCUCCCAGCAGGCGGUUAGUGCCCACCUGGCCGAUUACAGCAACAAAAACAAGGAUCCGCCACUGGAUCUGAUGACCAAGCCUCAGCCCGGGCAGCAGGCAAAUCAUCAGCCGCUGCAGCAGGGACCACCCCACGGCCAGGGGGAAAACAUUGGAAAAGAUGGCGGUGCCCCACCCUCAUCCCAAGUGGGAAUCCAGCCGCCACCUGUGAAUCUGAGUGCCGUGGCUGGCCCGCCGCCUGGAGUCCUGCCUCCUGGCCUGGGAGGUCUCUCAGCUCUAGGUGCCGCCGGCUUGGGCGGUCCAACGCCGGGAAAAGGCAUGCCCCACUUCUAUCCCUUCAACUUUAUUCCGCCUGCGUAUCCGUACAAUGUCGACCCGAACUUUGGACCCGUUUCCAUUGUGGGCUCCUCCGAGGAGGCGGCGAAGCUGGGCGGCCAUCCAGGCCUGCCCGGGUCACAAGCCCAGCAGCUAUCAGGGAUCAGCAUCAAGGAGGAGCGGCUCAAGGAGAGUCCCAGUCCGCACGAGAACCCCAAGCACAUGGCGCCCCAGCAGCAGCUGCUGGCGAACAAGCUGAUCAAGCAGGAGCCGAUGACGAAGCAGGAGAUCAAGCAGGAGCCGAACUCAAAUCCUGGCCAGCAACACCCGCCGCAAUCUCAGGCCCAGGCACCGCAACCUCAGCAGCAGCCCCCACCCACGCAGCCCCAGCAGCCUCACGCCCUGCAUCCCAAGGAUCUGCAGGCCCUGGGCGCGUAUCCAACCAUCUACCAGCGUCACUCGAUGAGCUUGGCGGCGGUGCAACAGGCCCGCGACGAAGAGCUGCGACGGUAUUACAUGUUUACUGGUCGACAAAACCAGGCAGCCGCCGCUGCUGCUGCUGCUGCGGCCGCUCAGAACGCUGCCAGUGGCGGGGGCCCUGGAGGGCUUCCGCCUCAUCCCGGUAUGAUGCACAAGGAUGAUUCCAAUUUAAGUCUGCAGCAGCAGCAACAGCAGCACAUGACUCUGGCCCAGCAUCAGCAGCAGGCGAUCCAACAGCAUCACCAGCACCUCCAGCAGCAACAUCAACAACAGCAGCAACAACAGCAACAACAGCAGCAGCAACAGCAGCAACAACAGCAACAACAGCAGCAACAGCAACAACAGCAACAACAACAACAGAAGUUAAAGCAAUCGCAGGCUCAGGCGUCCUCAGUGGGAAACAACAAGGCCACAAAUCUGACAAAGGACUCCCCCAAGCAAAAGAACAACUCCGGCGAGGAUGAGCAACAACAGCAGCAGAUGAAGGUGAAGCAGGAGGGUCAAAAGCCGACAAUGGAAACACAGGGACCACCGCCACCGCCUACGUCGCAGUACUUCCUCCACCCCUCGUAUAUAUCGCCGAAUCCGUUCGGCUUCGAUCCCAACCAUCCCAUGUACCGCAACGUACUGAUGUCUGCAGCCGGCCCAUACAACACGGCACCUUACCAUCUUCCAAUACCCCGCUAUCAUGCGCCAGAAGAUCUCUCCCGCAAUACGGGUACCAAGGCACUGGAUGCACUGCAUCAUGCAGCCAGUCAGUACUACACCACGCACAAGAUCCAUGAGCUCAGCGAACGUGCCCUCAAGUCGCCCACCAGCGGCAGCGGCCCCGUCAAGGUGAGCGUCAGCAGUCCCAGCAUCGGACCACCCCAGUCGGGUGGCCCAUCAAACAGCGGUCCGGGCUCCGGUCCCAAUGUCCUCGGCGGCAACGGGCCCAGCCAGCCCGGCUCGGGUCCUGGGUCUGCGGGCGGUGUGCCGCUGAACCUACAGCCACCAUCAGGAGGAUUGGGCUCGACGCCCGGUAACAAAUCCGACCUGGCCAGCCAGAAGCCGCACGGAGUGCCGCCUGGCUCAGCGCUAGACGCGCACAAACAGACGAUGCCUGGCGGUCCACCACCCAGCGGACCACCCGGCAACGUCGGUGUGGGAGGAGUCGGAGGAGCCGCUGUGAAUGGUCCUGCGGGCGGAGGUGGCGCAGGUGCCGCUGACUCUCGCAGUCCGCCACCCCAAAGGCACGUCCACACUCAUCACCACACGCACGUAGGCCUUGGGUAUCCCAUGUAUCCGGCGCCCUAUGGAGCGGCUGUCUUGGCUAGCCAGCAGGCGGCUGCUGUAGCUGUGAUAAAUCCGUUUCCGCCGGGACCGUCGAAAUGAGAACCAAUGAAUGGGAGCAACGAGAAGAAGGUGUAUAACGUGAAGAACAACUAGCGUGGAUCGGAAUGGGAAUAGGAAUGACGGAAUGGCGAAUGCGAUUGCCGUUUUUGAUAAAACUGAUUAUCCCAAGAUCCCCAAGGCCAGACAGACACACCACACCGACAGACACUCUCCUUGGGCUCGCCAACUUCUUCCCGUCGAAUCCUGUCCAGGUCUUCUAUGCUUCUGCACAGUCCUUCGGAUGCUGAUGCAUACAAUCGAGUAAAUGAGGAAUCGACUAUUUAUAUGCAUAAGUAUUUUUUGUAUGUUUCGUUCAACGUGGUUAACUAUAGCUAUCCUAAGGUAUCACUACUAUUAGCACAUACACAACAUAUACAUACAUAUACAUAUAUAAAUAUAUAUAGCAUAACUACUAUAGCGGUUUUUUCCUAAGUGUAUUUGCAUAUACAUACAUAUAGAUAUCUAUAUUUAUAUAUAUUAAUGUAUAUCAUACGAGAGAGGCGUAAUCGAACAUGAACAAACAAACAGACAGACAGAAGAACAGAAGAACAUGCUGCAACAAGCAAGCAAACAAACAAACAAACAAACCCCAAAACUGUAGUGUGUUGAUUUCUUUGUAAAAAUAACCAUUAAACGAAAACUAACCAGAGAUAAGAAAUAUAAACGAAUUAAUAUUGUUUAACGAUUAAAUUAUGCAAGUAGACCGUACAAGUUUAGCAUUUAGAGUUUGUAUUAAUUAUCCCUAUCUGUGUUGCGGAUGGAGGGAGCUGCGCGAGAUUUGCAUCUAAAAGACAAAUUGGGCGCGCCGCCCAUUCAUUCUUUAUAGUAUACUAAAUAUAUGUAUGUAUCUACUAUGUGUGUAUCUAUAUCUAUUGUAUGUGUGUACUACUCGUGUCCGUAGCUUCUUGAUAUAAGUUCUCUAUGAAUGAAAAUGAUUCGACAUUUUUGGGGCCAGCAGAGCCGUCACGUCACACUGAUUUAAAUUGUUUCUAAGCAUCAAUUUGUACUUUAAAUAUACGUACAUAUAUACGCAUAUGCAUAUAUGAUAUGAUGAUGACGAUGAUAGCGAUAAUAGCGACGUACAUACAUAUGUAUGUGUAAUAACAUACAUAUGUACAUAUUUAUCUUUGUGAAUGUCGGCGUGUAGUAGUUCAUCAGCCGCUUCAUAGUUUCUACACGCGUGAUUUAUGGCACUUAAUGUUCUUUAGCCUAAGCUCCCAGACAAAGGAACCUAAACUAACCUAGCCCCCCACAAGAAUCCUUUUCCCAACAAUUCUUCUAUAGAAUUUACGAAUAAAACAAGUAUUGAUUGUAAAUAUACCAUACUGCGAGUCUUUUGUAUUGUAAAUUAGUUCCACUGAUUGAUUUGAUGGCCAGUGGAGAGGAGAUAUUAUUGCAUUGCUGCAUUGCCAUCGCAUGUUCAUGUUAUAAACAUUAAAGCAUCAUACAUGUACAUAUGUGAUGUACUACGUAUGUAUAGGUAUGUGCAACCGCUGCUGCAGCAGUGAAGUAACCUCGAAACGUAACCACAAACAAACUAUGCGCGAGAGCCAUUUAUCGUAUAUUAAAAUUUGAUCAAUGUCUUCAUGUGUAGAUCAGUUAUGCAAUUGUUGUCCCUAAAAAUAAUUCGAAACCACUUUAAAGUCUCUAGGUGUUUGACAUUCACAGUGCAAUUUGUAACCCAAUCCUUAACAAGAAUCAAUUCACGGAUACACAUACGCAACGUAAUAAUUUAAUGAGCAUUAACAAACAUUACCAUCACUGCUUAUCGAAUGGUACAAGUAGUUUUAUACAGUGAAUGUAUUUUAGAAGAGAAACGAAAACAAAGAUGAUAACGCAUUGAAUUGAAUUCGAAACAAUGAAAUUGUAUCUAAGCGAAUGAAGCCCCCCCCACCCCAUCGGAGGGAGUGGCGUAUUGGGAUGUGAUGGCCAUGUGAGCAGCCUCAAAACGGAGGUGGAAUCAACAAACAGCUAAAUAAUCAUUGGCAAAUCAUUCAUACAAAUAUUACAAACAAAUUUGAAGAAAAUACAUAACUAGCGACUAAGAAAUUUCAAGAAAAUAUAGUACACAUAUUUAAAGUAUACAGAAAUUAUAAAAACAGCUUUAGA